GGUUCAUAUCGUUACGGAAAUAAAUUGUGGCGCAUGCGCAGUUACCGGUCUCCUUGUCGAUCGCAAAGGUUAGCGUAAAAGAUCUAGCUGAUUUUCAGUUGGCAGCACCAAUUUUCCUGCAAAAUGUACGCCUGUGCCAGAAUCGCCGCUCCAGCUGCACGAUGCAUCGUGUCAAGCUCAAGCAAAGCCUUGGUCAGACCUAUCAGCUGCACUGUUUUCUCAAAAGAUUACACUGGUGUCACAGUAAAUCAGAUGAGAAACUUCCAGACCAGUGUUGCCAAACGUGAUAUUGACCAGGCUGCCAGAUACAUUGGAGCUGGUGCUGCCACAGUAGGAACAGCUGGUGCUGGAGCCGGUAUUGGAACAGUGUUCGGCAGCAUGUGCAUCGCCUUUGCCCGUAACCCAGCCAUGAAGCAGCAGCUCUUUGGUUACGCUAUCCUGGGAUUCGCCCUGUCUGAGGCCAUGGGCAUCUUCUGUCUGGGCAUGGCUUUCCUCAUCGUGUAUGCUCUUUAAGAAAGCUGGAUGUUUAGGACUCGUUAAUUUAACAAUCUUUUGAAAUACAUACCAAGAUUUUAGUGUGCGAGUUAAAAAUUUGUUGGAAUGUAAUUUAUGUGUGGAACAUAGUGCUACAGGGAACAAUCCAGUGGACAGUUGCAUUUCAGUGUGCUUGGCACCCAGAGAUUGGGGUUCAUUUGAAAUGUGCUGUACAUAGCUACACCAUUACAUGAAAUUGCACUUGCAUAUAAAUUUUAUAUACAAAAGGGUUUAAAAAUAAAAAUGUUACAGAUGA